UAUCCGGAUGUUUUAUCCGGAUGCGCCGAAAGCGCAUGCGCCGAAAAGUGGAAACCCGCGCUUGCUCAUGCCCUUGGAUGCGUGGUUGCCGCGGCCAGUGGUGGCUGCAGCCGUAGGAAUUGGCUUAUUAGGUGCUGGUGCUGGCCUGUUAUACAUAAGUCUCUUCGAUCCAUCGCUGGAUACAUCCAGAACCUCCAUACCAUUGAGUGCCGACGAAGAAGCCGUCGCCAAGUUGGCAUUGCAUUCCCACGAACACGUCUUGGCAAUCAAACAACGGCCCGGUCGAAGUGUCCAACUGUUUUCCCAAACGUGGAUCCCUAAACGAGGCGUGACAAGUGCGAACGCCGUGGUUAUCCUUGUGCACGGUCUCAACGAGCAUUCCAGCAGCAUGCUACAGUUGGUGCACACGCUGCUGGAAGAGAACUACAUCGUGUACGCCUUCGACCAUGAAGGCUUUGGACGAAGUUCAGGUCUGCACGCCCUUAUUCACAGCCACGAGUCGCUUGUCGACGACAUCCAUCAACACAUCAAGGCAGUCCACGCAAACUUUCCCACGAAGAAGCGCUUUGUCCUUGGCGGUUCCUUGGGUGGUGCCCUCACGUUGCAUCGACUGUUGCGCGACUCGAGUGACAUUGACGGCGCGAUCAUCCAAUGCCCCGCCCUAGAAAUCCACGCUACCAGACAACCUCCCGCGAUUGUGCAAGCGAUUGGCCAUGCUGUGGCGUAUGUGGCCCCGUUCUUUGCGGUCAUGCCGUCGAAUGGAGGCAAAGGGUCCAGCGAAUGUGUUCGAGCGACUGUGCAAAAGGCCAAACUGCAAGAUCCGCUGUACUACACGGGCAAACUCCGCGUCGGCACUGCCUUCCAAGUCAAGCAAUGCGUGGAAACUCUACAGCACCAGCUGGUCACGCAGCGUGCGUUGCCAGUGCCCUUGCUGCUGCAACACGGCACGGCCGACGUCAUCUGUUCCAUUGAAGGGUCCCAAGAAUGGUUUGACAGGAUCCAAGAAUGCCCCGAUAAGACGUUCAACAAGUACGACCAGGCCGCCCACGACCUGCUGCACGAACCAGUGGCGAACCAAGUGAUAGAAGACGUUGUCCAGUGGCUGAACCUUCGAUGCUACCGCCCUCAAAUGGACUUUCAAAGCGUCACUUCAAUGUAACGUUGUGGAAACUGCAAUGUGGAAGGUGCCAUCAUCACGGCGUACGGUCAACCAGGAGAUUUUUAUUUCGUGUGUCUACCGGUCGUACAAGGGGCUGUGCAUGGUAGGUCAGAGCAUCCAUGUGUGUGUGUAGUUGGCUAGGAGAUAACCGCAUACCAGAAAAGGAAGCACAUUGAAGUACACAGA